UGCACAGGAAUAUACGCUGCUCAGAACUACGCCAUUCCCAAUGUUGAGAAGACAGUCCGGGACUAUUUCAGUUCACUGAAAAAAGGGUGCGAGUCUGUCUGGCCUCUCUGCACUGAUAGCAGCUCGCCCUUGCUGGCUACCGCCUGAAAAUGGUAAUGUUUGGUAAUGCUGCUGGCUCUGCAAACUGGGUGCUCCGGAGGGGACUGUGGGGACUGAUGCUGGUCUUGUCUGUAGCCAUAUACGGCUCUCAUGCUCCCCUCCUGACCCAGUGCAAGGUGGACGGGAUAAUCCCCUUCAGCUCCACAUCUGUCGUGGUUCUUGUCGAGCUGACAAAGCUGGUGUUCUCCCUCCUGUUCCUGCUGACCUGGGACCGGGAGCUGCUGGGAGUCGCCGUGUCGUGGCGCCACAUUGCCCCCUUCGCCCUCUCUGCCCUGCUGUAUGCUGCCAACAACAACCUGGUGGUUCACAUGCAGCUCUUCAUGGAUCCCAGCACCUACCAGGUCUUGAGUAACUUAAAGAUCGUCACCACGGCACUCCUCUACAGCCUCUUCCUGCGCCAAAGACUCAGCAUGCGCAAAUGGCUGGCUCUUCUCCUGCUGGUGGCUGCUGGGGUGAGCUACAGCUGUGGUGGCCUGCAGGACCCUGGCAGCCCCUCCAAGAUGCAGCUGCACAUCACGCUGGUGGGCUUGUUGCUGAUCUCGGUGUACUGCCUGAUAUCAGGCUUGUCUGCUGUCUACACAGAAGCCAUCCUGAAAACCCAGGCACUGCCUCUCAGCCUUCAGAACCUCUUCCUUUACUUCUUUGGGGUCCUGCUCAACUUGAUCGGCUACUUCUGGAGCAGCGCAGAGGGCAGUUUCUUGGAGGGAUUUUCUUCCUGGGUGCUGGUGAUUGUGGUCAGCCAGGCCUUGAACGGUUUGAUCAUGUCCGUGGUCAUGAAGCACAGCAGUAACAUCACCAGGCUCUUUGUGAUCUCCUGCUCUAUCCUGGUCAACGCCCUCCUGUCCAUCACCCUCUUCAAUCUGCAGCUCACCCUGCUCUUCUUCAUUGCUGUCUCAUGCAUCGGCCUUGCUGUUCACUUGUACUAUGGCGUCACGUAGCUGCUGCCUUCCUGCCCUGUGUGCACCAGGGCAGCUUUUAGUCGUUCCUCAGGGGUAUUUAGUGCUUGUGCUGGGGCUGGUGUUAGAAGCACAGCAGUGCUUUGGCUGUCGGCCUCCCCGCCCUGGUGUUUGCAGGGAGUUGUUACUGGUGGGUGCGUGCACAACUAGCAAGGAGCCCCCGGAGGGGAGUGCUGAGAAUGAGAGUGCCCUGUCCCUGUUUCCAGAGGGGAAGCUGGGCCCUGCUCCAGCCUAGUUGGGCUCUGUGCCACAGGGUUCCCGUGCGAUCAGGUGUGCCCAGCUUCAAGGGUGCGUCCUGACCCCCUUGUUUAUGUGGUGUCUCAUAUUCUCAAGCUGCUUCUGCCAUCUUCCCUGCACCAGAGCCUGUAAAUGCUCCUACAGUGGUUAGCUCCACUGUGUUGUGAGCUCAUCUGUGCACAAGCAGCCCUGCUGCACAAUUGCUGCCAGGCCAGCGUUGGUCUGACAUGCUUUCAACUCCUGUGGAUGGUGUUUCUUGCAGCCAUCUGCACAAGGCUGGGUGCUGCUGCCUGGAGAGCCCGAUGCUGCGUCCGGGGGCAUCUCUCCCACCUCUGCAGUUUUCCAGCCCAACCCUUGCACCAGCCCCUGGCUGAAGGGCUGCUGUCCUUAGGCCCCAUUUCCCCUUUUCAGACAUGGUGUCGCUGCUGUGUGUGGAGCAGAUGGGGAAUGGGGGGAUGUGGGAACUGUUUCACCUGCUCCCCAAAAGGGAGA